AUGGGGCCUCGUGGGAACCCUCACGCCGGCUUGCUGAUGACGCAAAUCGUGUUGCAAGAUGUAGACUUUGAUGAUGAGAUGCUCUGGUGCAUCGCGAUUGCAUCCUUCGCCGUUGAUUUUACAACUACAGCUUUGGCUGAGUUUUCCCGCAGCCUUGACAAGUCCUCGUGGACCUGCGAGUUCGACGGCAGCUUUUGGCUGGCCCCUCGAGUCGAGAUUGUGCCUCCACCUAACGGGCCUUACUCACAUAUCUAUUUCCCCACCAUUGACACCGCUAUGGCGGAUAGAGAACGAGAGUACGACGAGGGGAACGAAGCUCUCGAUCCGAGCUUGCUAUACACCAAGGAGUACUGCAUUGGCGGAGGUAGCUUCGGCAAAGUUUACAAAGGUGUCGACAAGCGAAGCGGACAAGCAGUUGCAAUCAAGGUUAUCGACAUCGAAAGCGCCGAGGAUGAGGUUGAAGAUAUCAUACAAGAAAUUGCUAUCUUGUCCGAGCUUCAGUCCCCAUACGUGACCAAAUACUAUGGGUCAUAUGCCAAGGGCGCAGAGCUAUGGAUUGUUAUGGAAUUUUGCUCCGGCGGGAGCUGUGCUGAUCUCAUGAAGCCGGGCUUGAUUGGGGAGGAUUAUAUCGCCAUCAUUCUCAGAGAGCUCUUGCUCGGAUUAGACUACCUCCAUUCGGACAAGAAGCUUCACAGAGAUGUCAAGGCUGCCAACGUGCUCCUAAGUUCCAACGGACAGGUCAAGCUUGCCGACUUUGGUGUAUCGGGGCAGCUCUCCGCUACCAUGACUAAAAAGAACACUUUCGUGGCGAAGAAGACAUCCUAUCUCACGGAGCUGAUUGAAAGGUAUGGCCGAUAUAUGGCAACGCACAAAGGCGAGGAGGAAGACCACAUGGAUGGCCACGAAGAGAUCAUGGAAAGGCCUCCGGUCGACGAAGAUAUGUGGGACUUUGGUACUGUUCGCUUGGUGAGCGAUCGGGGCAAUCUUGUACACAGGCCAGGCUUAAACGCGAUGGAUGAUGCGGCUACAAACGCACGGUCAUCCCGGCCCUACGAAACGCAGGACCACUACGGAGAGGCGUCCUCCAGCCCCAAGGUGCGAGAUUUCGGACUCGGCCCAGCCAUGUCUGACACAGUGAAGGCGGGAGGUUCUGGAACGACUCGGCAGAUCUCUCCACAGAGGAAACCUCUGCAUGUGGAAGCCCCAUUAUCUCCAGCUAAGAUGCCCCUUCCGGCAUCUCCCGAGCGGAGGCGCGAUGACACGUCGAGGAGAGUACCAAAACCUAUGCCUCCCAUACCCGUUGAUCAGUCAGCCGACUAUGAUCGACUCCUUCAACAGCAGCUACAACGCGACAUGGGCGUGCUGAACCUGGGCCCGGCAAUUCAUGCGUCGUCAACGGCCGGCUCAUCGUCCUCGGCCUACGCGUCGCUACACACCGCGCCUGAACCGAGGCCGCAGUCGUCGAGCUCCCGUGUCGGGCCGCUAGAGCUUCCCGAGAUCCCACCCUACCGUGGCGGCGUAACGCAGCUGCGCCAGGUAUCGGGCCAAGCGCCUCCCGCACCUCCACCCAAGCAGACGCAAUCCAUAUACCAAUCUAACGCAACGCAGCCGACGGGGUUCGUAUCAAAGGCGCAGCCGCCCUCGGUUGUGGAGUCGAGCAGCACGCCGUCUUCGUUCCCAACGCCCGCGCCAUCAAAUGCCAAUGGCGAUCUGGAUGCCCUGAACGACGUCAUCUUCCCAGCCCUCGAAGAGGCCCUCAAGAGGAGGCAAAUUCGUAUCCAGAGUGUCUGCCGAACCGCACAGGGUACAUCGCCCACGCCCCACCAGCAACGUGCCGAGGCGGCGCACGAGAGAAUCAGGCAUCUGGUUUAUAAACUUGCUCAUGUGUGUAAGGAGAUCGACCACUAUGACAAGGCCGAGCCAGUAGGGAUGGGCCGCGAUGUGGGUAUGUUCCUUGAAGGCCUCCUGGAAGAGAUUCUCGUCAGGGUCGAGCCCGUUGACGAGGCUGAGGGUGUAUGA